CUCACACCUGCACUCAGCCUCGCCCGAAUGCCGCCAAAGUCCAACCCCACCUCCGCCUCCUCCACCGCCUCUGCUGCCCAGUCAGAUAAAGUUAUCGCAUCAUCACCUCUACCGCCACUCAAGCCCAGUAAUACACCCACAAAGCGACGCAAACGACCACUCGCCAAGCGCAGCUGCUUCAAUUGCCGUGAAAAGAAGGCACGAUGUGAGCUGCCUGAUAUCUUUGUUCCCUCUUCUCAGGAACCUGUUAUCGAAUCCAAGAGGUGCCAUCGCUGCAGUGUCCUCGACAUCGAUUGCAUCGUCUGGGACGGAGACAGAAAGCGGAAAAUAAAGCUGCCACAACGCAACCCUGCCGAGGAUCUUGGCCACGACGGUCCCCAAAGGAACAUUGCCGCCAAUGCAUCCUGGAGUUCGCUAUCUUAUCUCGCCAGUGCAGCCGAAGUGGUCGCUCAAGAGGCUGCCUCAGCUUCGCAGUCGUCCCAGUCCAUAUCUCUACGCCUGAGGCCUUUCUCUGCUGCAGCAACAAGGCCCUCUCGGGCUACUAGCCCUAUUUCAUCUAUAUCGUCCUUGAUGGGAUACUCAUCUGAAACGUCAACUGCCACCUCUCCUGGAACACCAGAUACUAUUUUUCAGCCUUCGCCAGACAUCUUUGCUGAUUCUCCCUCAACACGUCAAACGCCUUCGAAAUACGACGCAGACGCAAACCCCGUCAAAAUUCUGACCCGAGAUCCCACGCACAGCAAAGGAGAUGAAACAGAAUUGUCCGGAGAGGGAUCAACUUCAGGUCGACCCAGCAAACAGCAAGGGCCUGUAUCGCCGUCCAUGGUUCGAUGUCAAUCGGGGUCCGGCAAAGAGGUAGCGGCGGUUCUAAGGUCUAAUGACCGAACUUGGAGGUCUGUCUGGCGGCCGAUUUCAGUGAUCCUUGAAUACGCAGUCCGGCAACCCCAAUAUACCUCUUAUCUUGUACAGAGAGUUGCUUCCCCGACUCGCGGCAUUGAAGCCGUUGAUGUGCUAGACUUGAUUGACAGAGAAGAGUGCCUCAAGCUGAAUGACUACAUGAGUCCUUACUUUGCAUGGCAUCCUCACCUGCCCCUCCUCAAGACAAUCUACGACCUGCACGCUCGCCAACCAACAAAAUCGACCCAUUUUCUUCUUGCGUCUAUGCUCCUCGUAGCGGCUCGACAUCGACAUCCCUUGUCUUCAGCUCUUAUGCGGGCACUCUCGUCGGUGGUCGAUCGCUUAGGAACUCAAAUGCUGAUCUCAGCGACAUGCGAUAUUCUCACGAUCCAGGCGUUCGAACUCCUCCUAGCACACGAGCCAAGCUUGAUCGGGACGUCUGUAAGCGGUGGCAAGGAUGCACAAGCUAGCAGAGGCAACGGUCUUGCGGGAGAGAGCCUGCUGACAACAGCCCUAGCCAUCUCACGGGAUAUUGGACUCGACAAGUCUCUCCAAGCUCUGCACGACCUUCUUGCCGGUCCUAAGGAAAAGAUUGCAGACGGCCAGCUUUCGAACUUGUUCAACGCUGCUUCGCUGUGGAUUAGCCUGCGACUCUGGGAGGGACAUUAUAUCCAUAUGAAGGCCGCUAUCCGACCGAUACGCCAUUUUGAUGAGCUGGCAAAGAUUGCCAAGUGUAUGAUAGCAAUCGAUGAGAAUGGGGACAAGGUCGAGGGCACGCCUGCCAAUUUGGAAGGAUUCGUUGCUGGCACAAUCGAGUCUCCUGCACAGGACACAGAAAAGAUGAUUCGUUCAGCAGGUCGUACCAUACUUGCUUACAGGAUGCAAUCCAUGGCAGUAUAUCAAGAGUCGUUGGCCGAGGUGCAAGAAAUGAUAACAGCAACAGGAGAUCAGGAGCAUGAACAGGCUGCUUCGCGCGCCAAAGACAAGAUUGUUGAAAUCAUCCUGGGCGCCCUGGAUAUGCAAUUUUAUAUCGAGCAGAUCAAACAAGUGGAUAUGGCCCCCUAUGCCUGGCAUCCCUCGGCGAGCUUGGUGGAAGAAUGGUCCAGACUCGAAUCCAGUGCACUUUUCUCGAUACUCUGCACCUUUGGAACGGCGACUCUCUAUACCGGACAGUUUGACGGCGCCUUUUCCAUCAAGGGAUUUGUGAACGCAUUACGGAGCGAUGAAGAUCUGAGGAGGCGGAUCUCGGCCGUGGGCUCGAAACGUAUGGAACUCUCUGAGGGUCUGCUCUCCUCGUUCGUGUUUUUCAACCGUCGUCUGACUCUUGGUGCGGCAGCAGCCAUGACUACGACCUCAAAUAGAAACCCGAAAGGACUGAUGGAAGUAACCGGAGCCCCUCUUCUUUUGACAAGUGCACUGGUUGUGGACGCCUGCAGGUUGUUUCUUGAGGGUGCAGCGUUUGUGCUAAUAACCUAUUUUAUUAUUGACUAUAAAGGCGAUAUAAGAUUGUCGCUCAUGGUCCAGGCUGCUCAAAGGCUGGACGAAUUUGAUGGGAAUAUAUAUCUCUCGCCGGCACGGUCGAAUCCGAAGUCUCGGAACAGCCGUGAUGUCAGCCAUGAGGAGCAGGACGAUGAAGGCGGUCAACCACUGAGUAUAUGUCGAGUGGCCGCAAAGUACACACAGGAAAUAGUAGAGGCAAUGCAGAGGUGGAAACUGGCCAGCUCAGUCUAUCGAAGGCCCAGUUCCGUCCCUGCGUUUGUCCCGGAGAGAAAACUUCGCAACGAAUGGCGGAGGCAAACAAAGGAGACAAUGAGUGACGGAGAGGAAGAUAGUACGCAGAGAGCAAGUCCUACGGCACCUGUCGUCGCGGCUCCCAGUGUUGCGCAGCCGACACUUACGCAUGGACUGGCAAGCGACUGUGUGCGGGACAGGACAGCACAGGGCUCAUUCGCAAUGAAUGUGGACGGAAUGAGUGCAGCUCAACGUGGACGUGGCAAUAUCACGAACGGGUCACAUGGAGGGGUUGUCUUCGCCAAUGCUGCUGGACCGUGGACAAACAUACAGCCACUUACAACAGAGAUGCCAUUCCCAGGUCAUGGGCAGGCUCCGCUCAGUUUUCCAUUCCAGUCUUGGCCGCAGGAUCCUAUGUCGGGGAGAGAACAUAUGUCCGUAGAACAGCUGCUUUCUGGAUCGUUUCCAUAUGCUACACAACACGGAACAGGCGAUUUUGUAGGAGGGUUCAAUGACCUGCCCUUGUUCGAUUCGUUCCUCGAUACACUUUUUCCUCCUCAUUAAAGCUUGCCAGGCGCCAUUUAGGCACUGCAACUGCUCU